AUUUGCCUCGUUCCUCAUUAAUAUCAAAUACAUGAGCAUAAGAGUAAAAUUAGCCACAGUAGCAACACCAACAAGGAGUGUGGAUGAUGGAGGGCCAAGAUCUUUCCCCACCCCGCAUGGACUCAUCUCGACCGUCCCUUGGCUUCCCCUUGGGCACUGCUCUGCUCUUGAUCAUCAUCUUCAGCUUGAGCGGCAUCUUCUCUUGUUGCUACCACUGGGACAAGUUCCGUUCUUUACGUCAAUCUUUAUCUCAACCCGACCCUGCACACUCCCACACCCAAUCCUCACCCUCUAAACCCAAACUUCACUCCGCGGAUUUGAAGCAGAGCAAGGGUGAGAGCUUGCCCGUGUUGAUGCCCGGGGAUGAGGUGCCUAAGUUUAUAGCCAUGCCGUGCCCGUGCCAACCUCCGCGGCUAGAGAACAUCGUUAUCACCGUCGAGAAGCCACCGCCAAAACCGCCGCGACUGGCGGUGCCUUUGUAUUGA